UCCAACCCAAUAGUAAAACCAACGAAGAAGAACAGGAGGAGAUCCAACAUGGCGGCCUCAUUGGUGCGGUUGGUCCGUGGAGGACUGGGACGGAGUUUUAACGUUUUGAAUCGCAGCGUGAGUGUCAUCCAGCAGCAGAGUCGUCUCCAGAGCUCUGAUGUCAAACCCACUGUUCGGCCGAAAGAUGCUGUUGCUCACAACCACCUGGUGGCAUUUGGAGAAUAUGUGGCUGAGAUGAUGCCCAAGUACAUCCAGCAGGUCCAGGUGACAUGUUAUAAUGAGCUGGAGGUGAUGAUCCAUCCUGACGGUGUGAUCCCAGUGCUCACCUUCCUUAGAGAUCACACCAACGGCCAGUUCAGGAACUUGAUCGACCUGACGGCUGUUGACAUACCUACACGACAGAACCGCUUUGAGAUCGUGUACAAUCUGUUGUCUCUGCGGUACAACUCUCGUAUCCGUGUGAAGACAUACACAGACGAGUUAACUCCAGUGGACUCUGCCGUGUCUGUUCACAAAGCUGCCAACUGGUACGAGAGGGAGGUAUGGGACAUGUUUGGCAUUUUCUUUGCAAACCACCCAGACCUAAGACGGAUCCUUACAGAUUAUGGUUUUGAGGGUCACCCCUUCAGGAAGGACUUCCCCCUGUCUGGAUACGUUGAGGUGCGUUAUGACGAUGAGCUGAAGCGUGUUGUGGCUGAACCUGUCGAGUUGGCUCAGGAGUUCAGGAAGUUUGACCUGAACACACCGUGGGAGGUUUUCCCCGCCUACAGAGAGCCCAAGGAGGCCCCUCCCACUCUGGAGGCUGGAGACACGUCCACCGAGAAGAAGUAACAUGUGCACAAACACAUGUCAGUUUGGCACUUGUAUCCCCUCACACCCGAAAUAUUUAUGUAAAUACAAUCCUAUUAAAACUGUGGAAAUAAACGGAAUGUGCUUC